AUCCAGUACGAAGCUCUGAUGCAGAUGGACUAUUUGGACUGUGUGUUGAACGAGUCUCUGAGACUGUACCCCGUCUCCCCGCGACUGGAUAGGAUCGCCAAGAAGACGGUGGAGRUCAACGGCAUCGUCAUCCCCAAAGACUGCGUUGUCAUGGUUCCCACGUGGACCCUCCACCGUGACCCAGAGAUCUGGCCCGACCCUGAGGAGUUCAAACCAGAGAGGUUCAGUAAGGAGAACAAGGAGUCUAUUGAUCCGUACACAUACAUGCCGUUUGGGGCGGGGCCCAGGAACUGUAUCGGGAUGCGCUUCGCCCUGAUCAUGAUCAAACUGGCCAUGGUCGAGAUCCUCCAGAGUUUCACUUUCUCCGUCUGCGACGAGACCGAG